AAUCCCCGGCAUGCGCCUCCUCACUUCUCUCCUGCUCUCAGCAGCAGCAACGCUCACCCAGGCAGCUCGCCCCUUCCUCGAAGAACCAGAAACCGGCCAAACCACCACCUUUGCCAAUGUCUCCUCCUCGGAAUCAUCCCUCCCCAAUCUAGAGGAUGUAUGGGCCCUCUCCGACUUCCAACACAUCGCCGAACGCCACAUGAACACAACAGCCUACACAUACUACCGCGCCGCUGCCGCCGGUGAAUUCUCCUACCGCAACAAUCUCGAAACCUUCGCCCGUCUCCGCCUCCGUCCGCGCGUGAUGCGCAACAUCAACAACAUCUCCGCCUCCCUCCCCACGCCCAUCCUCAACCACACCUUCUCCGCCCCCUUCUUCAUCGCGCCCGCCGCACGCGCGGGCUACGCCCACCCCGACGGUGAACUCGCUCUUGUCCGCGCCGCCGCCGAGGAAAACAUCCUCUACAUCCCCUCUGACCUCUCCUCCCGCUCCAAAGCCGACAUCCAAUCCGCCCGUGCCGAGGGCCAAGUCCUCUUCCAACAACUCUACCUCGACCCGCUCAACACCACCGCAACCACCCUCCAGAUCCGCGAAGCGGAGUCCCUCACCUUCCAAGCCUUGAUCCUCACCGUCGACUCCCCCGCCAACAACGUCCGGCACCGCGCCUGGCGGUAUGGAGUCGGAUCAGCAGACGACGCCCUCACGAGUCUAACAUGGGAUCAAUGGGCCGAGUUGCAAGCCACUACCCGGCUGCCCAUCAUCCCGAAAGGAAUCCAAACCUGGGAAGACGCCGUCAUCGCGCACUCCUACGGCGUCCGAGCAAUCUACCUCUCCAACCACGGCGGUCGAGCGGUCGAUACCUCCCCUUCCCCUCUCGAAGUCGCGAUUGAAAUCCACCAGAAUGCAGCCUGGAUUUUCGACGAGGUUGAGGUAUGGGCCGACGGCGGCGUGCGCUAUGGAACGGACGUGUUGAAAUUUCUGGCGCUGGGCGUGAAAGCCGUGGGUUUGGCGCGGCCGUUUAUGUAUGCGAAUGUUUAUGGGGAGGACGGGGUCAGGAAGGCGGCGCAAUUGCUGAAGAGGGAGGUCAUGCUGGAUGCGGCGAAUGCGGGAAUUGGCGAUCUCAAGCAGAUGAAUUCGAGUUGGGUGGAUGUCGAGGGGUUUCCGAAUGCGUGGGGUAUGCGAUGA